GAUUUUGAAGGCGUUGGGUCAAGUUUUGGGAACUGAAAAGGGAAAACAGAUGAGGGACAACGUCGCCGUUCUCCGGGAGUUGGCGCAUAACGCCGCCGCACCCACCGGAAGUUCUUCUCGGAAUUUCGGUCGUUUGGUGGAGAUCGUGACCAAAUCAAUUUAGGAUCUUCUGAAUUCUCUCCUCAAUAAACUGCUAAAUGGUUGGAUGGAUUUUUUUUUUCCUUCUUUUUUCGGUUGCUUUCUGUUGUAAUUGGUUUUAGCGUGGCUGUUAAUUAUUGUUCUCUGUAUUAAUCUCACAGUAGCUUUAGUCUGAGUAUAGGUGUUUUUUCCUCGAUUAAUGUGAUUGCUAGAAGCUGAUCCAAUUUCCUAAAA